AUGGAGAACAAUUUGGCCGCGAAUGCCGCUGCGCGAAAAGAACGUCUGAUAGCUCUCAGAAGGAGGAAAGAAGGUCAAGAUUCAGCUAAUGGGGAACCAUCACAUUUCGCAUUCAAACAGAGAAAUUACGAUCCUGAGACUCGAAAUCUAAGGAAAAGAGGUGAAGAAGAUGAUAAUGAUGAUACAGUAGAGAAAGCGGUGGAAGGAUUGGCUGAACAGAUCAUAAAAGAAGAUGAAGAGAAAAGGAAAGAGGAAUUGGACUUAUUCAAUAUCCAACCGAAAAGAGCGAAUUGGGAUUUGAAAAGAGAUAUGAAUAAUAGAAUGUCAAAAUUAGAUAGAAAAACAAAUGAAGCUAUCGCUACCAUAUUUAGACAACGGCUACAAUCGAUGAAAAAGGACCAAAAUGGUCAAGUUGACUUACUGGCUAGUAUGAAUGCUCAAGAACAAGAGAGGGACGAAGCUGCAGCUGAAAACACAGAUAGUGAUGAUGAGUAA